UUUAAAGGCGUAUUUAAAGCCCUGGCUUCAGUUGCAGCGGACAAUCUAUGCAACAAAAUCUGCUGCAGAGCUGAGCGACCGUCCGACCUACGGACACAAACACGGAGCCGGCGGCUGACACUACCCGGCGAGGUACAACUGCAGGGCUAAAAAAGAUUGCAGCCUGGACCAGACGACGUCACAACGACAUUUAUGAAGCUUUCAAGGCCUUUUGAUUGAUCAGCCAAUCGAUGGGGAUUUUCAGAGGAACUCCGCCUGCCUUUGCUGCCUGCCCUCCACCCCCUCCCCCCUCCUUCCUUGCCCCCACGCACUCCAUCCAGCCCUCUAUAUACAAAAUGACUCUGGAACUCACCGAAUGGUCUUCUAUAUGGAUUUUUACAGCUUGUAAUAGACAGUAAGAAAAAGAGGGAGAAACCUCGAUGAGAAAAAAGCCAUAAACGUACACACACACACACACACACACACACACACACACACACACACACACACACACACACACACACACACACACACACACACACACACACACACACACACACACACACACACACACACACACACAGAAGCAAACUCACUCUUGGAAUGUGCCGCACACUCUUCCCGUGAAAAUUCAACUGCUUCCGUAAUUCUUUGGGAUUUUCUACAAGCAUCUGGAAAGCUGAUUUUAUUAUUUUCUGGGGGGAAACAAAAGAGGAUUAAAAUGUGUUGAAUUUGAAGCUGUAGUGUUGUUGGAGGAGAACUUAUUUUAGAUGCGACUUAUUUAGAGGACAACUCAUUGCAUUUUUCUUUUUAGAUGCUUCUAUGCUACAUCUGUUUUUUCAUUUACUUCAUUAACCAACAAGUUACUACCACAGGUUGCAAUUUGUAACUUUGUAAAGAUUGUAAUUAAAUUACUGCUACAAAGUCACUAUUCCUUUUAAAGUAACUACAAGUAACUUGAUAAGUACGAGUAGUUAGUAAAAGCAGGGAAAUAUUGUUUUUUCUUUGGUAGGUUGUUCUCAGUGUGUUAGAAGGGGUGCGCUAUUUUUCUCACUGCGUGCAUGCCCUGCGCCAUGCCUCCCCAGAACGCAGAGGCUGACGCUAUGCAGGUCGGUUCUGUGGUGGGUGGGGUUAAAGGCAAAAACUCCACGGCAUCAGGUUUGGAUGAGGAGAAAGGAGGAGCAGGAGGCGAGACGGAUGGAUCGGGAAACAGAGGAGGAGGAGGUCGAGGAGGGGAGGAGGAGGCGAGCGAGGGAUCGAUCGAAGGCAUCACCUUGAAGAGAUGGGUGAUGCAUGGGGCCGUGAUGUUCGGCCGGGAGUUCUGCUACGCCAUGGAGACGGCGCUGGUGACGCCUGUACUGCUGCAGAUAGGUCUUCCAGAGCAGUACUACAGUCUGACAUGGUUCCUCAGUCCAGUCCUCGGCCUCAUGUUCACUCCUCUGAUCGGCUCGGCCAGCGACCGCUGCACUCUGCGGUGGGGCAGGAGGAGGCCGUUCAUCCUGGCUCUCUGUAUAGGAACACUGAUAGGAGUGGCGCUGUUUCUGAAUGGAUCGCUGAUAGGUCUGUCCAUGGGCGACGAGAAGGGGAAACAACCAAUAGGAAUUGUUCUUACUGUGCUGGGGGUGGUGGUCUUGGACUUUUGUGCAGAUGCAACAGAAGGACCAAUCAGAGCGUACCUGCUAGACGUGGCAGACACAGAGGAGCAAGACAUGGCUCUCAACAUCCACGCCGCAUCAGCAGGUCUUGGGGGUGCGGUCGGCUACGCUCUCGGAGGUUUAGACUGGACACACACCUUCCUUGGAGCAAUCUUCAAGUCCCAGGAGCAGAUCCUGUUCGUCUUCGCGGCCAUACUCUUCUCUGUCUCUGUGGUUUUACAUCUCUUCAGCAUCGAGGAGCAGCAGUACUCGCCCCAACAUGACAGGCUGGUCCAGGAGAGUCCAGAUCGCACCAACCUGCAACCGUCAGCCAAUGGCAGGAGUGGACUCGCCCCCAAACUGGAAUUGAUUGGAGAGAAUGAAACGAUGGACAGCUACGACCUGUAUGACCCCUAUGGAGAUGACCAGUCAGAGUGUGGGGAUAUGGACAUGGACUUCCUAGAGGUGGAGCUUGUGAGAAGUAAAAGUGACAGUGUUCUUGCCAUGGCAGACGCCACUCUCGACCACCUGGACCAUGAUGCCUUUUUCCUGUGCCACCUAGAGCCGUCCAUCUUUGCUGACCGCCUCUCACCCUAUCACAGCUCGCCUCCUACAACUGGUUCCUUUCUUAACCCCAAUCGCAGCACUCCGCCUCCCCGAUUCGGCAACAUCAGACGCAGCAGCAGUGCAGGAAGUCAGGACCUGCUCCGCCACCAAGCCAACCACCACCAAACACAAGAUCCCAACCCCAAGAUUUGCCGCCUCUCGGCUUUCUUACAGGAAAUGGAAAAUGACGACGGUCAGGAGGCAUUACUGAACAACCAACUCAAUGAGCAGCGGACACUGACCGGGCGGCUGUUAGCUGGUGUUACUAAUGCUGACGGAGUUAACACUAACAGGCUGAGCUCUAAAGGACAGGCACAUCGUGUUGGAAUGGUCAAAGCUGCCAGUACUGGAGCCCCCAUGCGGCAGUCACGUCACCGUCACAUCUUUUAUCGCCAGCCAUCCUGCACUUUCUCCUACUACGGUCGAGUGGGGAGCCACCGCUACCGCUACCGCCGGGCCAAUGCCGCUUUACUCAUCAAGCCGUCUCGCAGCAUGAACGACCUGUAUGAGGUGGAGGCCAGGCACAGGAGGAGGAGUAGACAGAGAACCAGACACCGCAGCGGAAACACAAACUCUUCCAGCGGAGAUACAGAGAGCGAAGAGGGAGAGGUCGAGACCACAGUGCGGCUACUGUGGCUCUCCAUGCUGAAGAUGCCUCCGGAGCUGCUGCGACUGUGCGCCUGCCACCUGCUCACCUGGUUCUCCAUCAUUGCUGAGGCUGUCUUCUUCACGGACUUCAUGGGACAAGUCAUCUUCCAUGGAGAUCCCACUGCUCCUGCUAACUCUACAUUGUUGGCUGAUUAUCAUAGAGGAGUUCAGAUGGGGUGUUGGGGACUGGUCAUAUAUGCCAUGACUGCUGCUACAUGCUCAGCUAUCCUUCAGAAGUACCUCGACAACUUUGACCUGAGCAUUAAGGUCAUCUACAUCCUGGGAACGCUUGGAUUUUCCAUAGGAACUGCUGUCAUGGCAGUCUUCCCUAAUGUGUAUGUUGCCAUGGUGAUGAUCAGCACCAUGGGCAUCAUCUCCAUGAGUAUUUCCUACUGUCCUUAUGCUCUGCUGGGACAGUAUCACGAAAUGAAAGAGUACAUCGAGCACAGUCCUGGUAACUCCCGGAGAGGUUUUGGCAUCGACUGUGCCAUCUUAUCCUGCCAGGUUUACAUCAGUCAGAUAUUGGUGGCCUCAGCUCUGGGUGCUGUAGUGGAAGCUGUUGGCAGUGUCCGUGUCAUUCCCAUGGUGGCCUCUGGGGGCUCCCUCCUCGGAUUCCUCACCGCCUGCUUCCUGGUCAUUUACCCGCCCCACAACCGGGACGUGGACUCAGCCAAAGCUUCGGAGAAACGGGCCUUGACAACGCUGGAAAAUCCCAACAGUAAUGAAGUGGCUGUUACCGUAGCAAUAGAGAAACCCAGCUUCUUGAAACUCAACAAGAAGGGCAAGGCCACUACCACCACCACUUCCUGUCACAUGGAGAAUGAGUCUGCCCUGUGAUUGGCUGGCUACGUCGACGGUUGACUUUGCUGUGGAAACAACUAAAUUCCCUUUUUUAAAUUAUUGCUGAUGGAUGUGCCGCUGACCUCAUGGCCUGCUGGAGUUUACAAAAAGACAUUAGGAAGACAGAGGAGGGCGGCUGGAGUUAUUUCGGUCCACUCUUGGUGUCUGUUUUUGCUUUGACAGGCCUUUUCCGUUUGAUUUGCUGAAGAAAACAACUCAGUCUGAUGUGGGACCAGUGUUACACCAGACCAAGUUACCUUACAAAAAAAGCAUUCUGGUCCCAGUUCUGUUUCAGUCUUCACUGAAAUUCCUUCCACUUAGGCCUCCCGGACAUUUGAGUGAUCCAUGUCGGUCGUCUCUAAGAAAUUAAUUUGUCAUGGUUUUAAAGAGAGAUUUCCUCUGUCUCUCAGGGCCUCUAGGAGGUGCUACUGAACAGCUGCCUGGACAGGAAACUUCAGGGGACUUGCACACAUACAUACAAACUCUCACACGGACACACACACGUCUUCAUCUGGGGACAAAUGAAUACCUAAAUAAUGAACACUGUUGAUGAACAUUAGUCAUCAAAGCUGCAAUCAUUCAAGAAUGCUGAAAUUGUUCUUCCUCGCUGUGAAAUCGGCUUGAUCGAAUCUUUGCUUCGUGAUAAGGAAGCUGGACGAGUGUCUGUGUGUGUGUCUGCUGACCUGGCUGGUCUCCAGCAGAGGCAUCGUGUUCACCAAAAUAAAUCCAACAACACCCUCAACUUUGCGGGACUCAACAACGCUCUGCGACAGUAGCUUUAAGACUGUAGAGACUUUUUGGAAGUAGCAUUUCUGAAACUGAGAGCUCGAAGCCUGGUUCCUGGGGGAAAUUAUUGAUCUUGAAUCCCCAAAUUGAUUGCGAGUGUUUUUUUCCCCUGCCCUCCUCCACAUGGCAGGAGUGCUUAAGUCUUUAAUUUAGCCUUCACUCCAGGGCAAAGUGGAAAACAUAUUUAAGAGCAUGAGCAUAAAGUUGCCCGUAUAGUGAGAAUCAUAUAUCCAGAGUUAAAUUCCAGGAAAGAAAGAGGAUAGAAGCAAUAUGCAGGGCAUUAAAAUCCCAAAAAUUAUUUUCAUGAUUUUUUGAGGGCCCAGAAUGAUACUUCUGUUUGUUUUGAAUAAUCAGACUAGCCUACAUGCUGCAUGUUAGAGGAGCAGAGAAGAGACAAACCAAACAGCAGAAGAGAAGAGAGGAGAGAUGUAGAAUUGUUCUCUUUCUCUCUACUUUCGUGUUUAUUUUUUAUUUGUUGUUUUUUAGGAAAUUCUGUUAGCACAAUGUUUGUCACUAACUGCACAUUAGCUGAGCCAGUGUUGAAAGAGUGUUAAAUAGCAUACAGUUAGAAAAGCGUUGUUUGAAAUCCCUCUUUAAAACUUUGUGGGUGUCAGAUUCAUUCGUCUUAGGACACCAGCAGGACGGAGCUUCCUGACACUACUCUGUUCCGGUGGAUCCAGUAACGCAAUUGUCAGACACAACACAAGAAUAUUAGAAUGGAUCCUGGAUAUAUUCGAAGAAAAAAUGUAUAGUAAACAUUAUGUUUUGAGGAAGUAUAUAUUAUUUAAGAGAGACAAAAAUGAAUCACUCUGUUGUUGACAGGUUAAGGCUUGUUACUUGAGCCUCGAUAGAGGAUGUGUGCUCCUGUUUUCGGUAGCUUCCACUGCACUGGGCCUAAUAUAAUCAGUAGAGAGAGGCGGAUAAAAGUAUUUUAGAUGCUCGUUACAUCUGUGUGUUAUAUGCUGAAUGGAUGUUUAGAAGAGGAGAGAGGAAUGGGGAGCGAGAUUAAGGGAGGACUGGAGAAAUGUUUUCAAUUGAGAAAAAAAAAUGCCUAGACAUUUUGAGAAAUGUGCUUUGUUGCUACGAGUUAUAUGAGAAGAUUGAUUGGAAACGGCUGGCCUGGUCUGUUCAACGGUGACAAAAUCCACCUGCCUCUACAGCUCACUAAUGAACACAUUGUAUCUCGUUUGUUCUGCACAAAGAAAGAGGUGCUCGUUGGUGGAUUUUGUAUCCAGUCUUUACACUAAGCUAACCUAAACACCCUGUGGCUCUAGCUUCAUAUUUAGCAUACAGACCUGCGAGUGAUAUUGAUCUGAGUCUCGGCAAGAAAGCAAAUAAGUGUUCCCCAUAUGUCCAACCUUUCCUUUUAAAUGUUAAAACUUGAAUAAAGUUUUCAUUGUUAGAAAUUUAGAAAUGCAUGUCUUAACUUAAUCUAAAAGAAGACAAUGGAGGCAGAGUUCAAUAUUUUCUAGUGUCCCUGCUAAUCCCAAAAUCGGAUUGAGUUAAAUGAAAUUGCCAGUCUUGAAAACUACAACUUCAGAUAGUCAACUAGACAAAAUCUAACUUUGCCUCCUGAAAAACUACAAAAAAUCACAAGACAUGCCCCUGAUGCUCCAUUUUGCAUCCCUAACGCCAAUUUAACAAAAUGGCCGCAUCUAUUUUCGUGAGGUCAAGCGGCAGCAGCAUGAUGGCGGAUGAGGAAGUAAAACUGUUAAGUUUAACUUUACUUUGACCCUGUUAAAAUUCAUGCACAGCAAUGAGACUUAUCGCAGAAGUAUUUUAUUAAAAACACUGAGAGGAAACAUGCAAGUUGUAUAAAUUAAAACUCGUGCUAGUACUGACUGGUGUUGAUUGAAGUGAUGAAGUUAAAUAAUCUUUGGAACGCUUCAAUAGCUGACCAUGCAGGACUUAUAAAACAAGCUUGUAGUUAGACAAAAUGAAAGAUUUAAGAUUUUAUUGUGUCGUUUAUUUUAUUACAAUAAUGACCUCUGUUAAUUAGCGUGUGUGUGUGUGGGGGGUGCAAACCGUUCUGGCUGUUUUUUCCCCCUGCAUCUGUGAGGGUAAAAGGCUGUGGAUUUGGGUCAGUUUUCCUUUCAGCUCAAUCAGCUCAAACAUUCAAAUUGAAAGGAAUCAAAAUGUAAAAUUGCAGUGAGUUCAUUUACUAAUGAAAGAAUGUUUUAUUUUAGUGUAUAUUAAAGCAUUUAGCAGAGAAGCUUAUUUUAAAUAUUUUUGGUUUUAGGGAGGAGAGUUCACUGAUGAUGUGGUGGUUGUUUUUUUUUUCACUU